AAGCGGAUAAAGAGAAUAAAGAGAUGAUUUUAGAAUAGGAGAAGCCGAACGACACAGUUUUCUACAGGUUUUUGAAAUGUAGAAUUAUUCUAUUCGUAUGUCGCGAUUAUUUUAUUAAUUGUAUCGCGGGCCGCAUGCGAAUCGAAAAUCCAAUUUAUCAUCGACAUCAGCACCAAGAAAAGAGAGAGUACCAUCUAUAUAUUAUAUAAUCUAAAUCGUAUCUGACAUCUGACACUGACAGAACGCCGCACGCCGCGUUUAGCCGGAGUCAAUUGGAGUUUGAUAACGUGUCCCAAGCAAUAAUUAAUUUUACAGGAUUUCUAUUUGUUUAUAUUAGAUUUAUAUUGAAUUUGCCUCUUUUCCGAAGAUACCACUCAAAAGUACCGUGCGUUAAAACGGAAAAGAAAAAACAGAUGACAUCGAGCAUAAUUUCUCCAUCACCGAUAACGCUGUUAUCAAUUAUCACUACGUUUUAGUGACAGACAUAGAUGUGGCAAUUUAGAAUACGGAUUUACAUUUUAUUAAAUUACACCAAAUUGCAAUCCCAAAAUUAUUUUCUACCGCUCGGUUGAAACAUUUCAACCGUGUAGAACCAAUUUCGCAAACAGCAGUAGCAACAUGCGAGGGACAAUAAUUUGACAUAUCAAUGCGGAUUGUCAAUUACAGUAGCCGCUUGAUUAUUCGGCAUCCAGCCGAGAUUAUUGUCCUAGAAAUUGUGCCAGAAACUUUGUCAAGAUGCCACUGGAAAAGGGACUGGCGUCAAAGUACAUGUAUAUCACGUUUGUGAUAGCAGCAUAUUGGGUAGUGUCCAUCCUGACUGUAUUCAUGAACAAAGCACUCCUGUCCAGUGACACUGUGAAUUUGGAUGCUCCUCUAUUUGUAACUUGGUUUCAAUGUAUAGUAAGCGUAGCUAUCUGUGUUACUUUACACAAAAUGUCCCACUGGUUCCCAGACUACAUUGAAAUUGCGGAUGGUAGUCCAUUUAAAAGAGACACUUUGAAAAAGGUACUGCCAUUAUCAAUUCUGUUCACUGCAAUGAUAGCGACUAACAACUUGUGCCUGAAACACGUCGGCGUCGCAUUUUACUAUGUGGGCCGUUCGCUAACGACAGUAUUUAACGUUGUGUUUACCUACAUUUUACUCGGGCAAACGACGUCUCUGAAAUGCAUAGCAUGCUGCGCGGUGAUUAUUGCCGGGUUCUGGUUAGGGGUGGAUCAGGAGCAUGUAGCGGGCUCCCUGUCCGUUCUCGGGACCCUGUUCGGCGUGCUUGGAUCGUUGUCGUUAUCCUUGUACUCCAUCCGCAUGAAACAGACGCUCCCGGUCGUAAAUCAGGACAUCUGGUUACUUUCCUAUUAUAACAAUGUCUACAGCAUUAUCAUCUUCAUCCCGCUAAUGAUAAUCAGCGGUGAACAUACAACCGUGUAUAAUUACGAGAAGCUUGGACAUCCCCUUUUCUGGACUGCCAUGACGAUCGGCGGUGUAUUCGGCUUCGCCAUCGGAUACUUUACCGCGCUUCAAAUAAAAGUCACAUCUCCUUUGACGCAUAACGUUAGCGGUACCGCGAAAGCAUGCGCCCAAACGGUUUUAGCGACUUACUGGUUUAACGAAAAGAAAUCGUUUCUCUGGUGGCUAAGCAAUAUCGUUGUUCUCACUGCCAGUGGGUUUUACGCGAGGAUCAGGCAACUGGAGUUGAGUAAAGAGUACAAAAUCGAGACGCAACAACUUAAAGUCUAACAACUGGUAAUGAGGCGUAGCAAUUUUAUUAAAAUGUUUUUAUAUUUAUAAAGUAUUAUUUUACGCAACCGUAUAUAAAUAUAUGUAUAUAAAUGUUCUCUUAAGGAGAUAUAUCAUAUGGAAGAGAUGCUAUUCUUUACAUGUACAUGCAAACUGCAGAAGUUUAUUCGACAGUUUUGCAAAAGUAUGUAUAUAUAUAUGUAUAUAAAUAUGUAUAAAAUA